UCGGGAUUUCUUAAAGAAUUAAUUUUAUACGUUCAUUCUUUUUGUUGCAAAGUAUUAUAUGGUCUGUGUCUCACACAGCCUGUUACUAGACUUUUAUUAAAAUCACUCGUAGAUUCUUGGUUAAAAGAUUCUGAUUAAGCAAUUAGAACAUAAUUGACUGGGGAAACCAAUUUUUUUAUAUUUUUAACUAAGUAAAUAGAUACCCAAUAUGCCUAAGAAGAAAACGGGACAGCGGAAAAAAGCUGAAAAGCAAAGACAAAGGCAGAAGGAGAUCCGCAAUGCUCGUGACAACGUGGAUCUAGCGCAGCACCCAUGCAACUUGCCCAUGGACUGUGACAAGUGUCAAAAGAAGCAAAAGAACCGAGCAUUUUGCUACUUCUGCCAAGCCUUGCAGAGAUUGCCAGCGUGUGCUCACUGUGGCAAAAUUAAAUGUAUGCUGAAGUCUGGAGACUGUGUCAUUAGGCAUCCCGGUGUCUUCACAACGGGUCUAGGCAUGGUGGGAGCUAUUUGCGACUUUUGUGAGGCAUGGGUGUGCCACGGCCGCAAGUGUUUGACAGCGCACGCAUGCACCUGUCCACUCAUUGAUGCUGUGUGCCUUGAAUGUGAACGGGGUGUCUGGGAACACGGCGGGCGCGUGUUCCAGUGUUGCUUCUGUCGUGGUUUUCUAUGUGAAGAUGACCAGUUUGAGCAUCAAGCUUCCUGCCAAGUUCUAGAGUCGGAGAAUUACAAGUGUCAGUCAUGCAACAGACUCGGGCAAUACUCGUGCUUGCGUUGCAAGACAUGCUUCUGCGAGGAGCAUGUGCGGCGGCGCGGCGUGCGCGGCGGCUCCGGCGGCUCGAGGGGCGCAGCCCCGCCCUGCCCGCGCUGCGCCUACCCCACGCAGCUCACUGCCGACCUCAGCAUGUCCACCCGCUCGCACCGGUACGGCCGGCAGGGCACCGCGCAUGCCGCCGACGACGACGACGACGACUACUACGCCUCCUACGCCUCUGGAUCCCAUGCAGCGGACUAUGGAGCGGCGGGCGACUCGUCCUACUCCGAGUCGGAGGAGGAUGACUCUGAUGACGACUCAGAGGAGGAAUCGGACAAUGAGGAUGAACCGCCGACCGACGCCGGGAAGCCGUGACCGCACCAGCAGCGUUAACCUUCUCUGCAAAAUCAUACAUAGCGUUCAUAGCUAAAUACAUCAGAAUGUUUAAAUAUACAAUUAAAUUGAAUUA